GUAUUGCGUUGUUGUUAUUCUUUCUAUGUUUCUUGUAAAAGUGUCUGUCAUUUCAUGUUUUCACCGUUYUUCAGCCAUCUGYCUCCUAUUUUGAUCCACAGUGAGCCAGUUGUUAUGSUUUAGYUUUAAGUUAUUCUACRAAUUCAAACAGAGAAAAAUAAGCCAAUGAAGUGACAGUUUUCAACGUCAAUUAAACAGUCAAGACCACUUUCAUUCAUAAUGAAAUUUUUAACAUUCAAAACAGUCUUUUUUAAUCRCUUUUCUUGGAUCAUUUUGAUAUAAAACGCGCCUAUUAUCUCGAUAAGAUAUCUUUAUUACCUUUCGUUAUAUUUACAUGACUAUUCUCUUGAAAAUACAUCAAGAUCUGAAGAUUAAAACUAUCAGAGAUCCCCCCAAUAAAUGAGCUGCAUUCGCCAGUCCAUCUCAAUUAUUCAUGCCGUGAAAAAAACUUGAAUACAUUAGAGAUCUCGGAAUUAUCUCAAUUGGGUUAUUUCAUUGGCGUUCGYAACAACUACAAUCGAUUAAUAAGUACAAACAUUUCAUAAAUUGAUCGACUUAGCAACAACUGUUCUGUUUACAUGAAAAGAGUUCCUUACAGGUAAAAUAAACAGCCAUCUUUGCUGUACAAGUUGGGUAAUUGAACGAAUAAGUUAAUUGGCAACCAAACAAARCGUUCUCCCAUCCACUUUCUCUUCAAGGGACAAUCGUUKGYYGGUGUUUCAGUCAAGAAUCGUUUUCUUCAYGGACAGAAAUCCAGCGUUUUAAGCACCAGUCUCAGCRUCRAAAUGACAUGAAUUAGACUCAUUUCCUUACAGCUGAGUCCACACCAACAUAAGAGAGUUUAACCGUUCUACAAACACUGAAUUAUUUGCGGAUGUCGUAAUUGAAAGUUGAAAAUCCGAUACUUCGUUGCCUUAUCAACUGUUGAGAACAUUUGACAUUGAUACCGCAGAGGAAAUCUAGAAAAUAGGAUCCAAGCAAUAGRCUUUAAGUCCGUGUUUUAUUCCUUGGUAUUGUGUGGUGAUAGGAGCAGGUGYAGRWGAAGUGAAAGUCAAUUUUUUCCYAACCRUAACACGAAAACAUGGCGCAUCGUGUCACAAUCGGCUGUAUUCGACAAAUUCCCUUCACUCCRCAAGAAAAGACRAGUGAACAUGAGUCGGAAGAAGAAACCAUUUCUCCAGAAUUAGAAGUAAACAGUGAUGAAGACUAUGAUACUGACUUAGAUAAUGAACCCUGUUCUAUUCCAGAGGAUACUAGUCAGGGUAGAGGAGCAUAUUUGAAGGCAUGUCAGAACCUUCAACUUAUUCCUUGCUCACCAUUUUUAAGACAGUUACACAAGUCAGACAUGAAUAUAAAGUAUUAUAAUCUAGGACCUAAGGGAGCCGAGGCCAUUGCCGUAGCUUUAAUGCAGAACACUAAAGUACUGUCACUUAAUAUCGCUCACAACGACAUCAAAGAAGAAGGCGCCAUUUAYAUUUCGAAGAUGCUGACGGAGAAUUUCUUCAUAACCGAGWUGGAUAUAUCUUUUAAUAGUCUUCGCUCUCAAGGCGCUUAUGCUGUGUCUGAAAUGAUGAGACAGAACGCAGAGCUGAUGGAGGUUAACCUAUCRGGAAACAAAUUCCACGAAAAAGACGCAGAACCAUUGGUAGAAGCACUGAAAGCUAACUUCACUUUAAAAGCUUUGAAUCUGAGUCAAAAUGAGUUCUGUGAGAUAGGUGGACAGCUAUUAGGUCCUGGUAUCGAUGCUAAUGUUGGCUUGGAGUAUYUGAACCUUAGUUGGAAUCAUAUUCGUGGUAAGGGYGCUGUUGCUGUUGCUUUUGGCCUUGGACAGAACUGCUGCCUCCGUACUCUGGAUAUAUCAUGGAAUGGUUUUGCUGAUGACGGUGCUAAAGCUAUCGGUGAAGCUUUAAUUGUGAAUAAUACGCUAACGGAGCUGGACAUCAAGAAUAAUCGCAUUACGAURAUAGGAGCGUCUUAUAUCGCUAAGGGUUUGGCACAAAACAAGACACUUCAAAUAUUACGAGUUGGGAAAAACCCGAUAUCAAGUCAAGGSGCGUUUAAUAUCCUCGCAGCCGUCCAUGAAAAUCCAGACAGCGCGAUAGAGGAGCUUGGUUUUGAAGAURUUCCAGUUAAUGCCGAAUUUGAGGAUUUGCUGGAUGAUGCGUUGGAUUCACGACGCAAUUUGAACGUCUUUUGCGGUGCUGCUCUGAAAGGAAAAGACCGUGUCAAGAAAAUGAGAAAUAAAGUGGACGUUCUAAACCUCUUGCUAGAGUACAUCGAGUUACGUGGCCUUCGCAUGGUGGAUUUCUUUCGCCAACUCGACAAAGAUGGCAGCAAGAAGAUUUCGCGCGCCGAAUUCAUGGCAGGCGUGAAAAAGGCAGGGAUCCCAAUGACAMGAAAACAGCUCAAGAAACUAGUGAAUAUCCUUGACGUGAACAACGACGGCGAGAUAGACUAUGGAGAAAUGAUAGCCAUAAAGGGAGAUGAUGUUUUUGACAUUUAUCAUAAAAAGAACCUUAAGAAAGAUGAUCCUGCACUGAUCGCUCAUAAAACCAAACAAAUGAAACUAAAGUCACAUACGCAAAGUCUAAAUGACAAACCCGCGUAGAUUGUGUGACUUAAUUGGCGUCACUGUAGAACAAUGCACACAAUGAGCAAAUAGUGCAGUUGAAGUCUCAACAUAUUUCAAAAGAUUGUGACUUUCUCACUCACUCACUCACUCACUCACUCACUCACUCACUCACUCACUCACUCAACUAAAUAAUUUAGGUAAACAAACAAUUUGCGCCUUAAAAGUCGAUAUUUUGCACUUGCACAGAUGAUGAUAAUGCAAACUUAGUCAUUUGCGUGACGAGGAGGGUAGAUAAACACUCAUUGCUUUUAAAUGGGGACUGAGAGAGAUACAUUGGUGUAAAUAUUAACCUGGUAAAUGUGAAACGUACAUUUAUAGAAAAUAAAAUUUACAAAUCAG